AGCGGGGCCGGGUAACCGCUCGGAGCUGACGGCCCGUUGGGAGGGCUGAGCACGGGCUGUUGGGGUUCGCCUGGCGGAGGUUGUGAGGACAAAGAAACUGGACACUACUAGGAGGACACACAAGCCUUUGAAGAUACUUUCCUGCAAAGUGGGGCAGAAAAAUUAGUAGCCGGAGGAGUGGUGAGUUAAGGAUGGUUCCUUCAUCAGCUUCAGGUCAAGUUCGAGGUUACUACGUAGACUGGAAAAUGUUGCGUGAUGUGAAGAGACGAAAAAUGGCUUAUGAAUAUGCAGAUGAGAGGCUACGGAUUAAUUCGAUCAGGAAGAAUACCAUUUUGCCAAAAUACCUUCAGGAAGUGGCUGAUGAAGAAAUUGCUGCCCUUCCCCGGGAUAGCUGCCCUGUUAGAAUCAGAAAUCGGUGUGUUUUGACGUCCCGUCCACGUGGUGUGAAACGGCGUUGGCGGCUUAGUCGGAUCGUCUUCCGUCACUUAGCCGACCAUGGGCAGAUGUCUGGGAUCCAGCGAGCAAUAUGGUAAUCAGCUUCAGAACCAACUGAGUUUGCAGGGAAACUGGUUCUGAUAAGAUGACACUUUUCUAAUAGUCAAGAACCUAGUUUUAAUAGGUGUCCAGUAUAGGAGUCUAGUCUACCUGAUGUCUAAAUUACUUUUAAAUUUUCAAUGAAGAAAUCUGGAUGUUUCAUUUUUUCAGUGAAUUAUCUUUCCUGUUGGACAAAAUUAAACGUAACUGUUCCCAAGCAUGGUGCAGAGUAAUAAAAAAAUAUUUUCUGUGAAAACA